CUGCAAACGUCAAAGUUCGUGCGCUCUUUUCUUGACUGGCGGUGUGGUGUAACACUUUAUUUAUUAAAGCGUUUUCAAUGAUUGAAAUUUCGAUUCAUUUAUUUAAAAUCAGUUAACUUUUCUCGGAAACAACAACAGUGUGGUCUUCUACUAGAUUUAUAUUACUAAAAUACUGUCGAAAUACAACCGGAGAGUGUAGUUUAAUAAGAUGGCUGAUUUUCUCGACUCCGAAGCAGAAGAAAGUGAGCAAGAGGAUGAAUUUGAGCGUAAAUCAGCGAAGAAAAAUAAAGCUUUGAGCGACAGCGAAGAAGAUGAAGAGGAUGAUGAGGAACGUCUGCGCGAGGAACUGAAAGAUCUUAUCGACGAUAACCCCAUCGAAGAGGAUGACAGCGCUGGUGAUGAAUCCGAUGGUUCAGGCGAUCACACCAAGAGAAAGAAAAGCGACGACGAAGACGAACUAGAUGAUCGACUGGAAGAUGAAGACUAUGAUCUAAUCGAAGAAAAUCUGGGCGUGAAGGUGGAAAGGAAACGUUUUAAAAGAUUAAAAAAAAUAACGGAUGAAGGCAGCGAUGACGAUGAACAAAUUGAUAACGGAUUUAGCAGAGAAGUGAUUGCUGAACAAUUGUUCGAGUGCUCUGCAGACGAGGAAGAGGAUUAUCCAUUAAUCGAGAAUCGUGAUGUUUUAUUAACGACAACUGACAAUCAAGACGAAGAGGAGGACGAAGAAUCCGAUGCCGAUGAUUUUAUUGUUGACGAUGAUGGAGUACCCAUUAGCGAUAAACGAAAGAAAAAGAAACACAUUUUCACAGAUGCGUCGCUUCAGGAAGGUCAAGAUAUUUUCGGAGUUGAUUUUGAUUACGACGAGUUUGAGAAAUAUGACGAUGAUGAUUAUGAAUAUGAGUCGGAAGUUGAUGACGAUUGUGAGGAAGACGGAGAGCAGGUGGUAGAUGAGCGACCUAGGCAACCAAAAAAACAAACACGAAAAAAGUCAUUAAAAAAAACUAUUUUUGAUAUUUUUGAACCAAGCGAACUUAAAAGAGGUCAUUUCACCGAUCUGGACAAUGAAAUUCGCAAAACAGAUAUACCUGAGCGAAUGCAAUUACGCGACGUUCCUAUUACACCUUUACCGGAAGGAUCUAACGAGCUAGAAGAAGAAGCACAAUGGAUUUACAAGCAAGCAUUCUGUAAGUCACCGGUUUCUAAUCAGGAAACAUGCACUCGUAAAACGGUAUCGGCUGUUCCCAAAAUUAAACAAGCUCUAGAUUUCAUGCGGAAUCAACAUUUAGAGGUUCCAUUUAUUGCAUUCUAUCGAAAGGAAUAUGUCCAACCAGAUUUGAAUAUCAAUGAUUUAUGGAAAGUGUAUAAAUAUGACGCCAAAUGGUGUCAAAUGACAGCGCGAAAGAACAGUUUGUUGAAAUUGUUUGAAAACAUGCGAAGAUAUCAGUUGGAUUUACUUAUGGCUACUCCCGAUGCCACGAUUCCUGAUGAUACGAGGAUCAUUACUGAUGAUGAUAUUGACAGAUUGAAGUCAGCACAAUCCCAAGAAGAACUGAAGGAUGUACAUAACCAUUUUUUAUUAUAUUAUUCACAUGCCAUUCCGUCUAUGCACAAAAAAAUGAAAUAUGCUGAACACAAUCGCAUUCAACAGGAAAAAAUUGAAGCAAAAAAAAAAGCAUUGGAAGAAGCCGACGAAUACAUUGAGGGCUGUGAUUUGUCAAAUUCAGACAUAGAUCGAGAAAAUUUUGUAGAAGAAAAUGUUAAACUCAAUAUUGAUUCAGGUCCAUAUGCUAUGUGUCGGAAAGGUGGCCUUUGUGGGUUUGCCAAACGUUUUGGGUUAACGCCAGAACAAUUUGCCGAGAAUGUUCGCGAUAGCUAUCAACGACAUGAGGUUCAACAAGAACCUAGUAAUCCCACUGAGGUUGCUGAAGAAUACAUUAAUCAUCGCUUUACUACAGUAGAAGAUGUUUUGCAUGCGGCGAAAUUCAUGGUAGCUAGACAAAUAGCAAAGGAACCGUUACUUCGUAAAUGUUUAAGGGAAUUGUACUAUGAAAGAGCAAAAGUCUCAGUUCGUCCAACUAAAAAAGGGUUGAAGGAGGUAGAUGAAAAUCAUCAGUGUUAUUCAAUGAAAUAUUUAAAAGAUAAACCCGUCAGAGAUUUAACUGGUGACCAAUAUUUAAAACUUCAAAUUGCUCAAGACGAUAAAUUAUUAACAGUAACAAUCUCGGAGCAAAUUGAUGGUAGCUCUAUUGAUUUUAUGGAUGAAAUGAAAACAUUCUACUACAAAGAUGAAUUUUCUAAAAAUGUGCAGGAAUGGAACAAAUUACGGGCAGAAUGUGUAGAACUAGCAUUAAAGAAAAUGGUUUUCCCGGAGUUGAGAAGAGAAUUGCAGUGUAUUUUGUUACAAGAGUCAAAGGAAUCAGUAAUGAAAACAUGUUGCCGAAAGCUCUACAAUUGGAUCAAAAUAGCACCGUUUAAUCCCGCCCUAUACACCGAGUGGCCAAACACCUUAUAUGACACCAUACCAGCAAACACCUCAUUCCUCUCAAACUCCACAUCAAUACUCAUCUUUUACUCGGCCCAAGCUGCCGAACAGAGACGAAAUAGAUGAUAUACCUACACGGACACCGAUUUCACCGUAUUCAUCUGAGAGCAAUUAUGGAGGUUUAAGUUCUUCCCAAAAGAAAAAUAUGAGCUGGAACAAAAUGGAUUCCUGGGAAGCAAAGGAGAAAUCGAGCUAUCACUUCCAUGAUCCACUAAAAAGAACGCCACCAUUUUCAAUACUGAUAUCUUCUACAAAACGCUCAACACUGCCCUGCAGAUGAACAUCACAUACGGAACCAACUUAGUGAAUCCCGACGUUUGCACACAUCACAGAGUAUUUCUGCAGAUCUGACAAAUUUAUGUACAACGCAUUUAGCUCAGAAAUCAAGCGACAGUUCACAUUUGGCAACAUUAGGCGACUCUACGCCGCUUUGGGAUGAAUAGAAAAAGUUUAAUUGAGAUAGUUCGUAAUACAAAUAUGCUGAUCGAUUUUUAAUAAAACUGGAAAUACCAUCUGAAUGAUAA